AUGUCCAGGAGGAGACACAGCGACGACAGUGACGGAGGUCAAGCCCACAAAAGGAGGAGAACAUCAGAGCCUAUUGAGAUUGAAGACCGCCUGGAGUCGCUGAUAUGUCGCGUUGGAGAAAAAAGUACAUCGUCCCUCGAGAGCAACCUGGAGGGGCUCGCAGGGGUUUUGGAGGCGGACCUUCCAAACUACAAAAACAAAAUCCUGCGUAUUUUAUGUGCAGUAGCCCGCCUCCUGCCGGAGAAGCUGACAGUCUACACGACGUUAGUCGGCCUCCUGAACGCCAGGAACUACAACUUUGGGGGAGAGUUUGUGGAGGCCAUGAUCCGGCAGCUGAAGGAGACGCUGAAAAACAACUUCUACAACGAAGCCGUUUACUUGGUGCGCUUUCUGUCAGACUUGGUCAACUGUCACGUGAUCGCUGCCCCUUCCAUGGUAGCCAUGUUUGAAAACUUCAUCAGUGUUACUCAGGAAGAAGAUGUGCCACAGGUUCGGUUGGACUGGUUCGUGUACGUGGUUCUGUCCUGCCUGCCGUGGGUCGGCAAGGAACUUUAUGAGAAGAAGGACGUGGAGAUGGACCGACUCCUGAGCCAGAUCGAAGGCUACCUCAAGAGGAGGGUGAAGACUCACGUCCCCAUGCUGCAGGUGUGGACCGCUGAGAAACCACAUCCACAGGAAGAGUACCUGGACUGCCUUUGGGCUCAGAUCCAGAAACUGAAGAAAGACCGCUGGCAGGAGCGCCACAUCCUCCGACCGUACAUCGCCUUCGACAGCGUCCUGUGCGAGGCCCUGCAGCACAACCUGCCCCCCUUCACUCCGCCGGGACACAUGCCUGACGCCCAGUACCCCAUGCCCCGCGUCAUCUUCCGGAUGUUCGAUUACACCGACGCCCCGGAGGGACCCGUCAUGCCCGGCAGCCAUUCUGUGGAGAGAUUUGUUAUUGAAGAAAACCUCCACUGCAUCAUCAAAACUCACUGGAGGGAAAGGAAAACAUGUGCUGCUCAGUUACUCAGCUAUCCAGGAAAGAAUAAAAUCCCGCUCAACUAUCACAUCGUAGAGGUGAUCUUUGGCGAGCUCUUCCAGCUGCCCUCCCCGCCGCACAUCGACGUCAUGUACACCUCUCUGCUCAUCGAGCUCUGCAAAUUACAGCCGGGGUCGCUACCGCAAGUCUUGGCGCAAGCCACAGAAAUGCUUUACAUGAGGCUGGACACCAUGAACACCAGCUGCAUGGACAGAUUUAUCAACUGGUUUGCUCAUCACUUGAGUAACUUUCAGUUCCGGUGGAGUUGGGACGACUGGGCCGACUGCUUGACUGUGGACCUGGACAAACCCAAGCCCAAGUUUGUCAAAGAGGUUCUGGAGAAGUCGAUGAGGCUUUCCUACCAUCAGAGGAUUGUGGACAUCGUUCCUGCCACCUUCUCCGCCCUCAUUCCCGCCGAUCCCAUCUUUACCUUUAAAUACGAAGACGAGACCGCCUCUUCGUUACCGGGUUACCCCACCUCAGUCACCGUUUCAAACGCCAUCAAGAACCGAGCGUCCAACGAGGAAAUCCUGGCCAUCCUCAAAGAGGUCCCCAACCCCAACCAGGAGGACGAUGACGAUGAAGGCGAGGCCUUCAACCCCCUGAAGAUCGACGUGUUCUUGCAGACGCUGCUCCACCUGGCGGCCAAAUCCUUCAGCCACUCCUUUAGCGCCCUCGGAAAGUUCCACGAGAUCCUGAAAACGCUGACGGAGAGCGACGAGGGGAAGCUGCACAUCCUCAAAGUGGUGUACGACGUGUGGCGGAACCACCCGCAGAUGAUCGCCGUGCUGGUGGACAAGAUGGUCCGGACGCAGAUCGUGGACUGCGCGGCGGUGGCCAACUGGCUGUUCUCUCAGGACAUGGCUCACGAGUUCACCAGGCUCUUCAUCUGGGAGAUCCUGCACUCCACCAUCCGGAAAAUGAACAAACACGUGCAGAAGAUCCAGAAGGAGCUGGAGGAGGCCAAGGAGAAGCUGGAGAAGCAGCAGAACAAGAGGGUGACCUCACAGAGGGACAGCGGCGACGACGAGGACAUGGAGAAGAACAGCGAGGACGAGGAGGGUCAGCUGGAGGAGCAGAUCGAGCGGCUGCAGGAGAAGGUGGAGUCGGCUCAGAGCGAGCAGAAGAACCUCUUCCUCGUCAUCUUCCAGCGUUUCAUCAUGCUGCUGACGGAGCACCUGGUCCGCUGCGAGACGGGCAGCGUGGACAUCAGCACGCCGUGGUACAAGAACUGCAUCGAGCGGCUGCAGCAGGUCUUCCUCAUGCACCACGUGACCAUCCAGCAGUACAUGGGAACCCUGGAGAACCUGCUGUUCACCGCCGAGCUGGACCACCACAUCCUGGCCGUGUACCAGCAGUUCUGCGCCCUGCAGCUCUGAGAGCAGAAGUCCCCCUUAAGGAAAUACCAGCUCAAGAAUCUUGCAUCAAGAAUCUCCUCUUUGGUUUUUGUUUGUUCGGCGCCACAGGCGAGAGCGAGGCCGAGUUUGGAGCCAGUUAGUUUCCUGUAGCGUUCAUCUUUUUGGUUUUAGAGUUUUUCGUCCGGCUCGUCGUCGUGGCUCAUUUCUUAAAACUGCUCAGUCUGGAUGUCCGCGGGAGAGGACCCUGCAGGUCCAACCCAGUUUUUAUAUUUGCUUUAUGCGGAUUCAAGAUCUCUCCGGUCUGUUUUAUGUUGUUUUUGUUUUUCUUCAGUGAAAUUAAACAAUGUUUCUCUGUUUUAACAAA